AGAAAGAAAGGGGCAAAAAAACCCCGACGCUCCUCUUUAGCACGCAGUCGUUCUUCUUCUUCUGCUUGCUUUCUCCUUCAUAGUUCUUCCUCCCUAGCACGCAGCCGUGGGCUGCCGUCGGAUCCUCUGCCGUAUUCGUCUUCCACGCACGCCCUUGUCCCUUCGUUGAAUUCGCCCUCCGUUGUGAGACUGUCAUUUGCCGUCGGGGCUUCGGUGUAGUUUCUGACUCCCGAGAUCGUCAAUGUCUAUUUCCCAAGAACUUUACCCAUCUCAGGAUGACCUCCUCUAUGAAGAAGAGCUCUUGCGGAACCCUUUUAGCCUUAAGUUAUGGUGGCGUUAUCUUGUUGCUCGAUCAGAAGCUCCAUUUAAAAAACGCUUCGUUAUCUACGAGCGAGCUCUCAAGGCCCUCCCCGGAAGCUACAAGAUUUGGCACGCGUACCUUCGUGAACGACUUGACCUUGUUCGAAACCUGCCCAUCACUCACUCUCAGUAUGACACCCUGAACAACACGUUCGAGCGUGCCCUUGUCACAAUGCACAAAAUGCCCAGGAUCUGGAUUAUGUAUCUUCAAACUCUGACUGAACAGAAACUGAUCACUCGGACACGGAGAACGUUUGAUAGGGCCCUUUGUGCGCUGCCAGUAACCCAGCAUGAUCGAAUUUGGGAGCCAUAUCUUGUGUUCGUGAGCCAAAAGGGAAUCCCUAUCGAGACUUCUCUUCGGGUUUAUAGGAGGUACUUAAAAUAUGAUCCUACUCAUAUUGAGGAUUUUAUUGAAUUCUUGAUUAAUUCUAGUCUCUGGCAAGAGGCUGCAGAGAGGUUGGCUUCGGUGUUAAAUGAUGACCAGUUUUAUUCAAUAAAGGGAAAAACAAAGCACAGGCUAUGGUUGGAGUUGUGUGAUUUGCUCACCAGACAUGCCAAUGAGGUCUCUGGGUUAAAUGUUGAUGCAAUAAUUAGAGGUGGGAUUCGGAAGUUUACAGAUGAAGUGGGGAGACUCUGGACAUCGCUGGCAGAGUAUUAUAUAAGGAGGGGUUUGCAUGAGAAGGCUAGGGAUAUUUUUGAGGAGGGGAUGUCAACUGUUGUCACAGUGAGGGAUUUUAGUGUGAUUUUCGAUUCAUACUCUCAGUUUGAGGAGAGCAUGCUUUCUUAUACGAUGGAAGAGCUGGGUUUAAGUGAUGAAGAAGAAGAUAAUGAUCAAGAAAAUGGCUUUGGAGAUGAAGAAGAUGUUCGAUUCCUUGGAAGACUGUCUCUAGAGGACUUUGAGAAGAAGAUUCUGCAUGGAUUUUGGUUGAGUGAUAAAAAUGACAUAGAUUUGAGAUUGGCUAGAUUGGAACAUCUUAUGGACCGGAGACCAGAAUUGGCUAACAGUGUUCUUUUACGUCAAAAUCCUCAUAAUGUAGAACAGUGGCACCGUAGGGUGAAGCUGUUUGAGGGCAAUCCUACUAGACAGAUAUUGACCUACACUGAAGCCGUUAGGACAGUCGAUCCUAUGAAAGCAGUGGGAAAACCUCACACAUUGUGGGUUGCUUUUGCAAAACUAUAUGAAGAUCACAAAGAUCUUGCCAAUGCCAGAGUUAUAUUUGACAAGGCAGUACAAGUCAAUUACAAGUCUGUGAUUCAUCUGGCUAGUGUCUGGUGUGAGUGGGCAGAAAUGGAAUUGAGGCAUAAGAAUUUCAAAGGAGCCCUUGAGCUCAUGAGGCGGGCCACAGCAGAGCCAUCAGUUGAGGUCAAGCGAAGAGUGGCUGCUGAUGGAAAUGAACCAGUUCAAAUGAAGUUGCAUAAAUCCUUGAGAUUGUGGACAUUUUAUGUUGACUUGGAGGAAAGUCUGGGUAACUUGGAGUCUACUCGUGCAGUAUAUGAGCGCAUAUUGGAUUUGAGAAUCGCAACUCCACAAAUUAUAAUUAACUAUGCAUAUUUCUUAGAGGAGCACAAGUACUUUGAAGAUGCAUUUAAGGUUUAUGAAAGAGGCGUGAAGAUAUUCAAAUACCCGCAUGUUAAAGAUAUAUGGAUCACAUAUCUCUCGAAAUUCGUGAAGAGAUAUGGGAAAACAAAAUUGGAGAGAGCAAGAGAGCUGUUUGAGAAUGCUGUUGAAACAGCUCCUGCUGAUCAAGUAAAGCCUUUAUACAUGCAAUAUGCAAAGUUAGAGGAGGACUACGGACUGGCAAAACGAGCUAUGAAGGUUUAUGAACAAGCAACGAAGGCUGUUCCUAAUAAUGAGAAGUUAAGCAUGUAUGAAAUAUAUAUUGCUCGUGCUGCUGAGAUAUUUGGUGUACCCAAAACAAGGGAAAUCUAUGAGCAGGCAAUUGAGUCUGGUCUUCCAGACAAGGAUGUCAAAACCAUGUGUUUGAAGUAUGCUGAGUUGGAGAAAAGCUUGGGAGAAAUUGAUCGGGCCCGUGGAGUAUACAUCUUUGCCUCACAGUUUGCAGAUCCACGAUCAGACUCUGAAUUUUGGAACAAGUGGCAUGAGUUUGAGGUGAAACAUGGUAACGAAGACACCUUCAGAGAAAUGCUUCGUAUUAAGCGCAGUGUCUCUGCGAGCUACAGCCAGACCCAUUUUAUACUGCCUGAGUACCUGAUGCAAAAGGACCAAACUGUGUCUCUGGAUGAGGCCAAAGAAACAUUGAAACAGGCUGGUGUACCUGAGGACCAAAUGGCCUCGCUAGAAAAGAAAGUUGGGUUUGUCAGUGCUGGAGUAGAGUCACAGACCGAUGGAGGAAUUAAAGCUAAUGCAAAUAAUGAGGAUAUUGACUUACCAGAAGGGAGUGACUCUGAAGAUGAUGAAAAAAUUGAAAUUGCUCAAAAGGAUGUCCCAUCGGCCGUUUUCGGCGGUUUAGUUCGGAAGAGGGAGGAGGGUAGUGAAAAGAAUGAAGAUGUAACACGUCUUGGUGCUUUAGAGAGAAUAAAGAGGCAGAAGGCAAGCUGAAUUUUCUGCUCAUAGAUUGGAUAUUUCUUUGUAUCAACGAAUUUCAGAGCUUUUGUAACAUUUCAAUAGGAAACCGAUAGCUUUCCUUGCAUCUCAGUUACAACACGUGUGAGGAGGCAAUAUGCAAUUUCUUAGUUAUGAAAAAAAAAAAAAAAAGAUUCCUUGACGAACGUUUGAAUGGUCUGUAUUUAUCAUGUGGGAGAAAAUCAGGAAAGAGUAGUAUUUGUUUACUUGAAA